UUCUCUCCUGGACCCUGCCCUGCUUUUGUUCAGAAAUCCCUCCAAGUGUUUCCCCGCCCCAUUUCCUCACAGGCUGGCCUGGUUCUAACCACUGAGGGGACACAAGCAUAUCCUAGGACUUUACCCGUCAUUGCUCAUACUCCCCUUCACUCUAGAGCGUUGAAACAAUCUCCUAGCCACAAAAGCAUCACUUUACAGGGAGAUGCACUAGCUUGGCAGGAUAGGGCAUAGAUGAGCCACAGAACCCAUAUACAAACCUUGGUCCGUUGUGGCAGACUAUUGAUGAUCCCUGAGUAAAAUGGAGUCUCCUGAGACCUUCAUGAGAAAACAGCCCAUCACACCAGGAUACAGUGGCUUCAUACCAUGGCUCAGUUGCCAGGGAACCCCCAGCGAGGACCACAUGAAUCACUGCGUGAAAGCCUUCCAGGAGAGAACACAGAGAUACAAGGAGCAGAUGCAGGAAUUGAACUGCUCUAUUGCUAGCGCCCCAGCCCUGAAGCCCAUCUGCUCUGAGGACACAGUCCUAUGGACGCUGCAUGAGUAUGCCAAGAAGUACCACCCCUUGACUCUGGAAUGCAAGAAUGUGAAAAAAUCAUUGGAUGAGCCCCCCAUCCCUGGCUGGGCAGGUUUCCUGCCCAGAGCCAGGGUCACUGAAUUUGGCUGUGCCACAAGGUAUACCAUCAUGGCCAAAAAGUGCUACGAGGACUUCCUGAAUCGGAUGGAGCAGGCCAAGAGGACACAUCUGAAGCCAUAUGAUCAAAUAUACGGUGUGAGCUCUGCACAGCCUCCUGACCCUUCCCCAAAAGUCUCACAGCUCCAAGGUCUCCCACCCGAAUCCUCUGUGCCAGGUCUAACCCCCGCGAGUGAGGGCUCCCGGGCUCCUGGAACCUGUGGCUGUGCUCAGUGGUCCAGUCUGUCGUGCAGCAGGAACGUGUAUGGGGAGCCACCUUCCUCAGCAAAGACAUUUGCAGAGGGCUAGAAUCCUUCAUCCUCCCGAAGAGGUGUUCAAAAGCCUGCUGCACUUGCAUCAAAUCCAGCCCCUCCCACUCUUUGGGCAGUGAGGAAAUUUAAUAAGAAUUCUUUAACUGCUA